AAAGGAAGAAAAUUUCUUAAGAGUUCUCUUAAAACUUAUUUAGUUAGUUUCUAAACACAGGCAUUUAUAUAUAAAUAUUAUGAAGAAGGCUUUAUCCUCAGUUCAGAUACAACCCCCAACUUAUGGAAAUCUGAUUACAAUUCUGAGCAUUGAUGGGGGUGGUAUUAGAGGAAUUAUUCCUGCCACUAUCCUUGAAUAUCUUGAAUCUCAACUUCAGGUGCUAGACGGCGAGGAUGUUAGACUUGCAGAUUACUUUGAUGUAAUUGCAGGAACAAGUACAGGAGGUCUAGUAACUGCCAUGUUAACCGCUCCUAACAAAGAUAACCGUCCGUUGUUUGCAGCUAAAGAUAUCAAACCCUUUUAUCUCGAGCACUCCUCUAGAAUUUUUCCGCAAAAGAAUGGCUUACUGGGAUUGAUCGAAAAACUAUUGAAAUCUAUAGUCGGACCAAAGUAUGAUGGAGAGUACCUUCACAAAGUUAUCAGAGAGAAACUAGGCGACACUCGACUAGAUGAGACAUUAACUAAUGUUGUCAUUCCAACAUUUAACAUUGAAAAUUUGCAACCUAUUAUUUUCUCCAAAUAUCAGGCCUUGAGGACGCCAUCGUUAGAUGCUCGACUCUCAGAUAUAUGCAUUGGCACGUCUGCAGCUCCAACUUAUCUUCCUCCUUAUUAUUUCAAGAACCAGACUAAGCAAGGUUAUGUGCGAGAGUUCAACCUCAUAGACGGUGGUGUUGCUGCCAAUAAUCCGACAUUAGUUGCCAUCAACCAAAUUACGAAACAGAUUUUGGAUGGAAAUCCAGAUCUCUUCCCAAUUAAGCCUAUGGAUUAUGGACGCUUUUUAGUCAUUUCAGUGGGCACUGGCUCGUCAAAGGCACAGAAGAAAUAUAGUGCUCAAAAGGCAGCCAAAUGGGGAAUAUUUGAAUGGUUACUGAAUGAAGGUUCCUCUCCAAUAGUAGAUGUUUUCACUCAAGCCAGUGCUGAUAUGGUGGAUUUACAUAUUUCCGUUGUUUUUCAAGCAUUUCAUUCUCAAGAAAACUACCUUAGAAUUCAAGAGGACACUUUAACUGGGGCAGCUGCCUCAGUUGAUGUUGCAACAAAGGAAAACCUAAACAAGUUGGUUGAAAUUGGCCAAAGUUUAUUGAAGAAACCAGUUUCAAGGGUAAACUUAGAUUCAGGUCUAUUUGAACCAAUUGAAAAUGGUGGAACAAAUGAGGAUGCUCUGAAAAAGUUUGCAAAAUUGCUUUCAGAAGAAAAAAGGUUUAGGGACCUAAAAUCACCUUUCAGCAAGGAAACCUCAACUUAGCUGAUUUAUACUUCCUGGGGAUUAUUUAUCAUCAAUCAUUAAGACAUAUAUUAAUAAUCAUUUAGUUAUUGUUUGAAUUCUAAAAUAUGUAUUGAAAUGGAUUGUAAUUUAAUUAUUCUUUAUCAGCUAGAAAGUGCAAAUUGUAUAAUAAUGUACAAUUAAUCUUAUAAUUUGUAUAUAUGUGCAUAAUCAAUAAAAUGAGAAUGAUAAGACAUUUAUAUGUU